AUGAACCAGUACCCAGCAGGCCUUGUGCCUAUGAUGAUGCCCCAGCAGUACAUGAUGAUGCCUGGUGGAACAGCAGUACAGCUGCCUCCAGGUAUGACAGGACAUCACCCACACGGAGCCCUACAGCCAGCUGCCAUGUUGCACCACCAGCAUAUGGCGGCCCAGGCUGCAGCAGCAGCUUCGCACGCUGCAGGAGCGCCAGUCAUGUCUUCUGCUGUGGUCACUUCCGCCGGAGCCUUGAGUGCCCUGAGUAUGGGUCAUCAAGGCAUGGUCAGUAUAGCUGGACUGCCUCCCCACAUGGCUGGAGUUGCGGCCUCUGGUAUGUCUGUUAUGGGCGGAAAUAUUCCUGGACUUCACCAUGCGAUUCCAGGGCUCCCGUCUUAUGCAGCCCUGGCUCCUCUCACAGCGUCAUCUGCUUUAUCAUCUCAAAUGUUUGCUCAGCAGCAGCAGCUACAGCAACAACAGCUACAACAACAGCAGCAGCAGUUACAACAGCAACAGUUACAGCAGCAACCUCAACACUUACAGUCUCAGCUGCAGCAACUGCAGCAGCUCCAUCAAGCCUCAGUGUCACCACACCAGAUUGUUGCAGUUCAUGAUUUACUCAGGAAGAAGGAAGAAGAGCAAGGGUUGAGCAGUUAUGGCCGACAGACAGCCAACCGAUGGCAGCCUGAGGCCGAAUCAGAUCUUGAUGAGCCAAAUUUUGAUGAAUAUGCAGUUCUCUUGGAUCAUUUUAACUCAGACCUCAAUCUAGUCAUAGAUCCUGAUGGGUAUGGAGGAACUGUUCUAAAUGAUCCCUCUGGGUUUUGUUUUACCUGGGCUGGGGCUAGAGCCACAUAUGGAGUAUGCAGGGGCAAAGUAUUCUUUGAAGUGCAUGUGGUGGAACACUUGCCCACAGACUUUGGAGAUGACCAUCAAGAACAAGAUCCCCAUAUAGUGAGGGUUGGGUGGUCCAUUGACAGUUCCUCGUUCCAGCUGGGUGAGGAGCCAUGGUCUUUUGGCUAUGGUGGCACAGGGAAAUUCUCCACCAAUAAUCGCUUCACCGACUAUGGUGUACGCUUUGAGCAGGGCGAUGUGAUUGGAGCCCUGCUUGACCUGGAUUCUCGCCCAGCCAGCAUCUCCUUCAUGAAAAACGGAACCUGGUAUGGAGUGGCUGCCCCCUUGCAUGGGUUCCCAGUUGGAAGCAAGGAGAUGGCACUGUUCCCUCAUGUCCUCUCAAAGAAUUGCAGAUUCAAGGUGAACUUUGGACAGCAGGAUCCCUGGUUUCCUCCUCCGAUGGGGUUCAGAUACGUCGGACACCUACAGUUGAUGGAGAGAGUUCGGGGUAUGACCCCGCCGGCCAGAAAAUCUGACUGCGAGAUGAUUAUGAUCGUUGGACUUCCUGGAUCUGGAAAGACCACCUGGGCCAUAAACAUGCAGAAGACCCACCCGGAGAAACGGUACUACAUUAUUGGCACUGAUACACUCAUUGACAAGAUGAGGGUCAUGGGCUUGCCGAGGAAGAGAAAUUUCCACGGCCGCUGGGAGGUGUUGAUUGACAAGGCCACAAAGUGCCUCAACAAAUUCUUUGUGAUUGCUGCCAAGCGCAGAAGAAACUACAUCCUGGAUCAGACUAAUGUGUAUGGUUCAGCACGUCGACGGAAGAUGAAGAACUUCACUGGCUUUUACAGGAUAGCUGCUAUUAUCCAGCCUGAUGAUCCCGAGCUUGAACGCAGAUCUAAGAAGAGAACACAAGAGGAAGGAAAAGUGGUCCCAGAGUCAGCAGUGCUGGAAAUGAAAGCCAACUACUCCAUGCCCGAUGAGCGGGACAAUCUGUUUGAUAGAAUUGAUUACAUAGAGCUGCAGAAAGAAGCCGUGAAUCAGCUGCUCAGAACAUAUAACCAAGAAGGAAAGUCAAAGUCCAGACAGGAUAGAUUUGAUGGAAACAAGAGCCAGGAGGACCAGAGGCAGUUGCAGUAUGGUGGCUAUGGCCUGCAGAGCUAUGGGAGAUCUGAUUCUCUGGACAAGGACCCUUUGGUCAAGCGUGAAUUGUGGUACCAUGAUCAGGAUGAGCCGCCUGCUAAACGCAGUAAGUCAGAUGCCACCAGCGCCCUAGAACUUCUCAAACAGCAGUAUGAAGAGGAAGAACGUCAACCCACUCUACAGCAAGUAACACUUGUGGCCUCCCCUGCUUGGUCAGACCACACUAAGGUGAAAGAAGAGCCAAUUACAACAAUAACUUCAGCUCAGUGGCCUCCGGCUGGUCUCCCUCCAGGCUACCCACAGGGUUUGGUACCAUCUCAUCUUCAUGCCCCCGCCUUCCAGCCAGGACUCUUAGGAGCUCCACCAGGCCUCCAUCCUGGGGUCCAGUUUGCGUUUUUCCCACCAGGGAUGCCGCCUCCCACAGCCUCCGAUCUUGCAGGGCUGAACUUAGCUGCUAAAUCUUUGGAAGACUCCCCUGCCCACUCUGCGGCUCAGGCUCAUGCCCAAGCACAUGCACAGUUGGCUCAUGCUCAGGCUGUUGCUGUGCAUGGCCAGCUUCUGUUAGAUCCCUCCAAGCUUCAAGCAGGAAGCCCCUAUGCUUUAGUUGGCCCGGCAAAUAGUCAAAGUCUCUAUGGUGCUGCCCCUCCAGGAUAUGAAUCCUUGGUUGGUCAAGAUACCAGUCGUCAGGUUUGGCAGCAGGCUGCAGAACAUGCUCAGGCUGCUCAUUUGCAGGCUUUUGUUGCAGCUCAGCAACAAGCCGCAGCCCAGCAACACGCUGCAGCCCAGCAACACGCUGCAGCCCAGCAACACGCCGCAGCCCAGCAACAUGCCGCAGCUCAGCAGCAAGCUGCAGCCCAACAGCAAGCCGCCGCAGCCCAGCAGCAAGCUGCAGCACAGCAGCAAGCCGCCGCAGCCCAACAGCAAGCUGCAGCACAGCAACAAGCUGCCGCUCAGCAGCAAGCAGCGGCACAGCAGCAACAGCAGCAGCAACAGAUUCAGCAGAUAAUUAGACAGCAUGAACAAGAGCAGAAAACACAAGGUAAACCAUGGCGGCAGGAACCUGCCACCACACCUUCAUGGCAGUCGAAGCAAGGGGAUGAAAGAGAUACGGAUAAGAGAGGUGGUGGAGGCAGAGAGCCAUCCUUCGGCCGACCUGACUCCAGGAAUAGAGACAGAGACCGGGAUAACCGAGACAGAGAUCGUAAUCGAGACAGAGAUUAUGGUUACAACAGAAAUAAAAACAAUGAUAGAGGGUAUGGCAGAAAUGACCAAGAUCGCCGUGGCGGAGGAGGUGGUGGUGGCGGCGGAGGAGGAGGUGGUGGCGGCUACAACCGUGACUCUGGAUCAUCCUGGGUCAACCAAAACUAUGGUUCAAACACAUCCGAUCAGCAGGACUUUGAUUCUGGAAAGCAAGACCGACAAAGGAAACGGAAGUCUAAAUGGGACCAGCCUGUGGAAGAAGAUGGCCCAUCCCCCGAUGAGAUGAAGCAGGAACCAGAAGGCCACCCAUUCAGUCAGCCUCAGCCUGUACAGAGCUUGUUUAAUCAGCCUCCUCCAGGCUUUCCUGGGCUGCCCUCAUCUGUCUCAUCCAGCCAGUCAAACCACCCUCCUUCGGGCUCCUUACCUGUGAGUUCUCAGGGUAACAAACCACCACCUUCAUUCGAUGGAAACUUUUCCAGACCACCACCACCACUGCUAGGAAAUCUCAAGCCUGAACUGUCACCUUCGUCAGAGAAUCCCAACAUCCCUGAAGCUAAACAUCCGGGCUCUAAAGGUGGAGAUGGUCUAUUAGGUCAGGGCCCGGGUCCAUUAGGUAAAGGUCCAGGUCCACUGGGUCAAGGUCCUGGCCCACUGGGUCAAGGUCCUGGCCCAUUGAGUCAAGGCCCUGGUCCAUUGGGUCAAGGUCCUGGCCCACUUGGUAAGGGUCCUGGUCCAUUAGGUCAAGGUCCUGGUCCGUUGGGUCAAGGUCCUGGUGGCCCAAGGCCACUAAUUCCAGGACUCCAGGGCGGUCCUCCAGGUCAGCUGAGGCCGAAAGGCCCUAUGCCUGGCUCCCCACCUCCCAGACAGCCGCCUCCAGGGGGGAUUGAUUCCAUGCCACCCAAAAAUGCUGACAACCCAAAUAAUGCCAGAAAGCCAUUCUCACCAGACCACAAGCCAAAUAAAGGUGCAGGUGAUGGUAAUGAAGAAAGAAAUAAUCGUAAUGAGGACAGAAAUAAUCAGCCGCCCCCAAAACCACUCAUUAAUGCUGAAGAUAAGAUGUCAGAGCCUGAAAAUGCCCCAGACAAGGGAAACGGGGCUGGUCCUGGAAAUCAGUCGCAGGGUGGACCGGGAAAGCCAGGAUUGUUCCCGCACCAUGGACCCCCAGAAGGCGACAUGGGACCAUCAAAAGGUCUGCCUUUCAAGCACAGAGGGCCGUUUGGGCCGAUGGGGAGAUUCCCCGGGCCCCCUAAUGGCCCUCCACCACUGUUUGGCCCAGGCAUGCUCGGCCCAGGCCCGCCACCUUCUAACAUGGGACCCAGACCUCCAAGAGGUGGUCCUAUGGGUCCGAGAGGGCCGCCACCUCAUGGCGGCUCAAUGGGCGGCCCACCAAACCGGCCGAUGGGCGGCCCCCACCAUGGUCGCGGCCCUGGACCCUGGAAUCAGAAUCGUCCCAGAUUUGGCCCUCGCGGGCCUCAGGGUCCGCCAAGGCCACUCUUUGACGGCCCGCCUGGUAGAUGGCCAAGACAAUCAAGAUAA